AUGUACGACAAUCCGGAUGUCCUCAUACACGUAGGAGAAGGAGAUAACGCCAAAGAUUUCUAUGCCCACAAGAACAUUCUAACCAAAAGAUCGUUAUACUUCAAUGCUGCAUUAUCAAAUACCUGGGCAAGAGUAGAGGGAGAUAAGAUGGUAUUAAGGAAGCCUAAUGUAUCUCCCAGAGUCUUUGAGAUGUUGUUAAGCUAUUUCUAUGCAGGAACGAUCCCCUUUGAUGUAUAUAAUAUAUCAGACAUCCUCGCUCUUCUUAUUAUAGCUGACGAGCUUUUGAUCCCCGAUCUUCUUCAUUCUCUUCAGUCCUAUCUAAUUACCAACUCAUCCUCUUGGAUAGACUCAAAUAUUGGUAAAGUACUCCACACAGUUCUCAAACACGAGAACGUACAACUACUGCACGAGUAUUGUAUCAAAAAGGUAGCAUGGCAUCCGCAUUUAAUAUUUGAUAAAGAUGAAUAUUUGGAAUAUGAGGAAUAUGUGAUGUUGAGCAUAUUAGAGUCGAACGAGUUGCAGAUGGAAGAGAAAGAUAUAUGGCAUCACGUGAUUAAAUGGGGAAUAGGCAACACGGGGGGGUUGGACCCAGAUCAAUCAAAGUGGACAGUAGAAGACUACCAUUUACUUGGUAAUACUAUCAAGAAUUGCAUAAACAAUAUCCGAUUCUCGGACUUUACAAUUGGCACCUUUUACUCUCAUGUCUGGCCUUACAAACACUGCCUUUCGUCUUCUAUGCGACGAAUCAUUAUCGAAUACCAGAACAACGUUCUUCCUUUUCCCAUCCUACCUAAUAUCCUCACGGCCCGUUGUUCGAUAGUUACUAUAGAGUCUAACAUAAUCACUCCUGAGCAAGCCGCACGGAUUCCUGAUUGGAUCGAACAGACAGAAUUGAUGGGCCAGACAUCGCCAUCGCCAGUAAGAACGAGGAAAAGGCACGAGUUUCAUCUGCUGUUGCGAGGGAGCAGAGACGGGUUCACCCCAGACGUGUUUCAUGAACGAUGCGAUGGUCAAGGUCCUGCAGUUGUUAUUCUUCGAAUAAAAGGAUCUAAACAGGUAAUUGGGGGAUACAAUCCCAUAGGAUGGCGAGGGCUGUUAAAAAGUCGCUGGGUAUAUACAAAGGAUAGUUUUCUAUUCUCGUUGGGACAUCGCAACAAGGCGUCCGAUGCCAAACUGAGCAGAAUUUCUCCUGGCAAUGAGGCAAUAUAUGAUGACCCUGAGUUUGGUCCUUGUUUUGGAAAGACUGAUUUGGAUAUGCGAAUCAAGUUUGACGAAGAGAACUGUUCUGCCGUAUGCAGGAGUUAUAAUGAGAAUAUUGUUGAUACAAGCGAGAAGUUUGCAAUUGACGAAUAUGAGGUGUUUCGGAUAGUAUCUACGACUGUGUGCUAUGGAAACAUGUGGAAAUGUAGUAUAAUGUGA